UGUUUCCCCUCAUGUUACAGCCUGCGAACACCGGCGCCAUGUACCUCCGCGCCGACCCCGAACCAUCCAGCAGGGCGAUGAGGAAGUGCAUCGACGGCCACGCUGUGGCGCUGAUGCCCGAGGCCCAGGCCAUGACCUCGGGUCUGGCCACCACGGUGACCCCCAACACGGUGGAGACGACGGAGUCGCCGCCGCCCGCCUCCACCACACAAGAUUCGUUGGAGGCGGCUACCACCCUCCUGCCCCCGGUGCCGGAGGUUGCCGCCAGCAGCGCCGCCCCGCCGCCGGUGGCCACCCCGUCGAUGACCUACGCGGCGCGCGACGCGGUGGCCGACGCGAUCCGGGAGGAAGGGCGGAGCAUCGAGCAGCAGCGGCGGGAAGUGGAGGACUCGCUCAACGAGCUGUUCACCAGGGCGUCCUCCAGGUUCGGGCGGUACGCGGCGGGCUUCCCCCAAGUGCAGGCCAGAAGCUUGUUCAACCGCCGCAUGUCUUUGGUGCCGCCUCCCCCGCCGCCGCCGCUGCCGUACGAGAUGCCGCCCGAAGUGAGCAAGGACGUGUACAUUCACUUGGCCGCUGACGAGAGGGCGCCCACGAUGCCCGCACCGCCGUCGCUCCCGCCGCGCAAGCACUACAAGAUCAUUGUCAUCAAACCACCUACCCCCUCACCCCCCGUGGAGACGACGACUCGUAGGGUGGAUGUGGAGACGCUCAUCUACGUCCUGGUGCCCAAGGGAGAGGUGCCAGCCCCGCCCACCACGACGCCCCGUCCUCCCAGCAAGCACGAGGUGUUCUUUAUCCGCUACAAGGCCCCCGUCGACAACAAGACCGCUUCCGUUGGCCGGGACACCGAGGCAGAACCCUCCUUUGUUCUAGACACCUCGACCACGACCUCGACAACCAAGCCCCCGACAAUGUUUCCGGAUUAUGCGAAUCUCAUUGAUCUUCGAAGCUCGAGCUCUGAGAUCAGUGAGCGUAAUACGCCGUCUGACGAGGACGAGAACGAACUGGACGGCACGGUGGGGGACUCGGACGCCAUCAAUGAUCUGCUUAGUGUGUCUACCGACGACAUCGUGCGCAGUUGGCGACGCGCUGACGGGGACAUCCACUUUGACGCCGACCUGAAGAGGAUAGCGCGUAGCCACAGCAGCCAUGCUGAGUCCGUCUCCAAGGACGUAUCGAAAGGGGAUGCGAUGGACUCCGCCGAGGAUGCCGUCCAGGAAGCCACCUCUCCUCCGGCAAGGUGUCGUCAGUACGCCACGGCCGAGGACCUAAACGCGGCGCUGGAUGUUGGAGACGAAGAAGGCAAGCGUGUGCAGGGAGCCCCCGACUUUGACGCCGUCUUGCAAGGCAAAGCCCACUAUGGCGGCAACGCUGAGAUCGCAGAGAUCUGCGCCGAGAAGUCCGCCAGCGAACCCUUCGCCAUCCGGAACGUGCUGGCGCCGCCAGCUGAACUCAAGCAUCUCGAAGACGACUCCGAGAAUCAAAGGAGGGUUGACGUUACCCCCAAGGCAAAGUUUUCUGCCCGGUACUCGUCGUCAUUAGUGUUUUAAGCGAUAACCAACAAAACCUUGUCUAAUUUUAUUUAUUUAUUCCCAAUUUUGUCUUUUUCAUUGUGUAAGUUUAAGAAUGCUCAAUAAAAAUGUGCCUAUGGAAGUGCUGUGUGUGAACCCUUUUCUUUUCUCCGUGAAUAAAUUCACGAUUACUUACUGUA